CGACAGUUCAUUCCUUCGUUGUGAUUCCCAAUCGUAAGGUGCAAGUCCUGAUCUUCACUCCUCUUCGUAUCAACCGAACGUUUCGGCGAGUUUUUUUUAUUUUCAAACUUUUUUUCAACCAGUUUCAUUGUUAUUUUGUUUAGUUUUUAUAUAACAAUGAAGUCAGCAUUAUUUUUACUAUUCUUCGGGAUCGUUGCUGUAACAGCACAACGGCGACUGGCGUUACCUGAUCCAAGAAGCUGUGCAAAUCGAGUACGUCAUGCAUCAUACAGAGAUGCUCGAGGUGUAGCUCAUUCAUAUUUCUUCAGUUGGGAACACCAGCCGACGAGAAGUCUAGAAGUUGAUUGGCUUGACUCACGUAAUAUUUGCCGUCGUCAUUGUAUGGACGCGGUAUCAUUAGAAACACCACAGGAAAAUGAAUUUAUUAAACAGAGAAUCGCUCGAGGAAACAUAAGAUACAUCUGGACGUCAGGACGCAAAUGUAACUUCAAUGGAUGUGACAGACCAGAUCUCCAGCCCCAGAAUGUAAACGGAUGGUUCUGGUCAGGCUCUGGAGCCAAAAUUGGACCCACUACACAGCGUAAUACUGGUGACUGGAGUAACACUGGUGGAUAUGGCCAAGCUCAGCCUGACAACCGUGAAGCUGCUCAGGGUAACGACGAGUCCUGUCUCGCUAUUCUGAACAACUUCUACAACGACGGUGUCAAGUGGCAUGACGUAGCUUGUCAUCAUCUCAAACCGUUUGUAUGCGAAGACAGCGAUGAACUUCUCAACUUUGUAGCGUCUCGAAACCCCGGCAUUCGUCUCUAAAAUAAAUAAUUAAAAAAAAUGAAUAAUUAAAAUAAGGAUAGAUAAAAAAA